CGUGUGAGUCAUGAAAUAUUUGAAGUAAGUUGGUCCAUGGUUUAUUGUUUAUGGUAGUGCGGUGCCUGCCCUUUUUUCAGGUGUAAAUAAUUACCUUUUAUAUUUUAGAUACUUUUGAUGUCAUUACCACCUAGAAGUAAAUCAAUAAGAGGAAGACCAUUAUUGGAUAAUCUUUUUGUUUAAUAUUAACUCUAUGGAUGUUGGCUAAUGAAAAGGAAACCUAUAGACAAACUGGAGAGCGGUUUGGAAUUAGUGAAAGUACUGCUUUUAGAGUCUUUAAAAGUACCAUUUCAUCGAUUUCUAACUUGGAAGAGAAAUACAUUGUAUGGCCCACAGAAUUGGCAGCCCAAAGAAACAUUAAUGGAUUUUAUAAUCUUAGAAAAGUGCCAUUUCCCGGAGCGUUUUGUGUAGUCGAUUGUUCACAUAUACGCAUAAAUGGUUCACUAAGUGAUAAUAGUUACCUUAAUCGAAACCACUAUCACAGUGUCAUUAUUCAAGGAAUAUGUGACUUUGAGGGAAAAUUCAUUAAUGUAUUUGUGGGAUAUCCUGGAUCAUCGCAUGAUGCUGCAGUUUGGGUCAACAGCCCCGUACAUAAACAAUUGAUGCAAAAUCAUUAUGAAGUUAUUCCACCAAAUUGUUUCAUCUUAGGGGAUUCAGCAUAUCCAUUAUCAGAGUUCCUAAUGAAACCUUAUCGUGACAAUGGGCAUUUAGAAUUACACCAAAAAAAAUUUAAUACAAUAUUAAGUUCAAGCAGAGUUGUUAUAGAACAGGCAUUUGGUAGUCUAAAAGGUAGAUUUCGAAGAUUAAAAGGUAUUGAAACAUUAUGUGUUGAAGCCGUUUCCAAAACCGUAAUUGCAGCUUGUAUAAUACACAAUAUGUGUUCAGAUUCAGAUCAAGACUUUGAGGUGGAUGAUCUUGCUGACGAUUCAUUUUUUAACUUUGAAGCUGAAGAACACUCUAAUUCACGGACAACUAGAGCAUCUGAUGCACUAGCUAUAAGAGAUUCUAUUGCUAAAAACUUAUAA